UGUUGUUGUUGUUGUUGCUUAUUGCUAGACAGCUGGAAUGCCCAGGGCACUUCUGUCCAAGCCACAAGGAGAAGUCCCUGGGCUACCAGCUUCCUUUUCAGCGUGGGGCAAGGGUAAAAUCUGUCCUAAGACUGAAGUCGGGGAACUUCCUGUUGGUUCAAAUUUCAAACAGAGCUUGUCCUUCGAUCCUCCCCCUGGCACUCAGCGCCGAGGGAGCAGGUGCGAACUCCAGAAACCCAAGGAGAGGGCACUUGGCUGAGCACUGAACCAGUGACCUCCUGGCUUCCAGGGUUCUUCUAUCAGGGCGGGAGCAAAGUCCAGGGAAGACAGAGCCUUCGGUCAUCCUAGCGACAUCUCCACACAACUGCCACUGGGGGAAAGCACGCAGCCACAAUGGAACCCAAACCUCAGAAGAGUCCAGGCAAACACUUUCCAUAUUAUGAGAAUGAAGUGUGCAAACAGGACUACUUUAUUAAGUCCCCACCGCCUCAGCUUUUCUGCUCAGCGGCCUCUUGGAAAAAGCGGUUUUUUAUUCUGUCAAGGGAUAGGGAAAACGGCUUUAACCUUUCUUACUACAAAGACCACCAGCGCCGAGGUUUCAUUAAGAUUGAUCAAAAUUCUCAUGUAGAAGCCGGCAUAAGUAGCCACGAGAAAAUGCAAGCUGCACAGAAGAUGUUUAAGUGCCAGCCCGACGAGGUCAUGUCCAUCAGAACGGCCAGCAGGGAAUACUUCCUCAUCAACUAUGACAGGGAGAAGAUUAAAGACUGGGUCUCCUUCAUGUCAUCGUUUUGCCGGGAUAUUAAAGCAGCGCACCCGAAUACAGAGCAGGACAAAUGCUCAUUGAGCAACACCAGGCCCUAUCCAGACCCCAGCCCUCUCCUUGGUUCUUCCAGCACAUUGGGGACUGUCACCUCCACCUCACCAAGAAACACUCUUCCAGACACGCACAUCACGGAAAGAAGUUCUCCAGGACUCGGACGACCUCAUCUACCACAUGACUUCUCGCCAGAGACCACGCAAGACACGGAAGAGAGUCAUUAUGUCAGCCCUCGAAGUAUUCUUUUAGAGUUGGAUAAUAUCAUUGCUUCCCACGAAUCUGAUGACUCCCUGGCACCUGGCAGUCCAGACCAGGACUCCAAGAAGAUUGAGCAUCUUUACAUGUCAAUGAAAUCCUGUUUGUUGAAAGACACAACCGAGGAGUCUGCUGAUAGCAAAGAGGGAUCCCAGACGGCUCCAGAGACCCAGAAUGGGGAGCAUCACCUACAAGAACGAGACUCGGGAAGCGACUCUCGCCUCCCACCUGCCGACACAGAAGCCCAGACCACCAACGACAAGAAGGCGCCGGCCUCCCUGACUGUCGUGCAGCUGACGAUAUUAAUCAAUAACAUCCCUGACGAGAGCCAUGUGGAGAAGCUGAACGUGUUCCUUUGUCUUUCCGACAUCACCAAUUAUUUGGCUUUCACGGAAGCCGCAGGGCGGAUAUGUGUGGCUCACUGGGAAGGCCCCCAGCGCCUGGGAUGCUUAUUUUUCCACGGAGAUCACCUUUUGGCGGUAAAUGACCUGAAGCCGCACGGCUUGGAGGAAGCCUACUUGUUUCUCAGACGGUCGGUCCAGAAGGAGAAAGUAAAACUCACCAUCGGCCGGAUCCAAAAUUCAGAGAAAUUCCACGCUAUAGACUGCACCUGCCCCUUGAAAUACCAAGUUGCCGUACCCUUUCAGCUGUCUGAACUGGAGAAGGUGCUGAAGAGGACUCCGGCCAUAAAGAGGGGCCAUCGGAAAAGUACUGAAGAGUAACAUGCCGGGACCCACUGAAGGGGUGAGGAAGGGACUCGGGCUCUGCACUGGGCUCUGCCACCUCCUGCUGUGUGACACCAGGCAAGCCAGCGCACCUCUCUGAAUUCCCGCGUCUGCAUCCUAACAAUGGGGAUGACGAUGCCUGUGCCAGCUGUUGCAUCAGACACAUGGAGAGGGCCGUGUGGAACAAGGACCAUGGAACUCAAUGAACAUAUAAGGCCUUAUCUCAGACUCUGUCCCAAACACCACAGACACAGACUGGGUAACUCCCUCAUCAAAAUGUGCUGUGUGUCCUGUGAGGUCGUGGUCCACACAAUCCCUUCUUUGUUAGGGAACGAACAGUUGAAAAUACUCAUUCCGGGAAGGCAAGACUCCCGGGAGAGACGGGAGACGGUGUGGGCCUUCCCAAACACCUCCUGCUCCUUGUCAUGUCCGGGCUCCAGAAUGCCGAGACAAAAUGCAACACACCCACAAGAAAAACAGUAAAGAAGAGAAGGAGGCGAAAAACCAAAAUAAACAAACAGCAUGCCGAGAUGGAGUGGCCCCUUGGAUUCAAUAAUUAUCUUGCUUUUAUUUAAAGAACCAGGAACUAUUAUAGAAAUUAAAGAAGUUUUAGGUUAUAUCCAGCAAAGAUCCGCUUGCUCUCCAAGUAAUAAGAGAACUACUUAGCGCUUCUAUAUUUGGAAGGUCUUAGUUAACUGAUGCAUUCACUAAUUGAUCCUGGAAGGCCAAAAGAAUCCGAUCUUUUUUCAUACACAGGAAAACAAGGGCGGAGAGCUAAAGGAUUAACCCACUCCGGGGGUGUCAGAACAAAGGGGGCUUCAGAAAAUACAGGGUGGGCAAAAGUAGGUUUCCAAUUGUUCGUAUGGAAAAUAAGGCAAUAAUUAAUUAAUAAUAAUACAGGAAUAAACUGUUUUGCCUCCUCACAGCUGGAAACCUACUUUUGCCCACCCCGUGUAUUCCGCCGUGUUGUGAUUUUGCGUGGGAAGAAACAAGGCCUCAGAUGUUUAACUGUGUGCUUCCCUCGUGGCUCCCAGUUCCCCUGACUGUU